AUGGCGCAGCCAGCACGUAUCAACCAAGUCGUCGCGGCCUGGGUCGCCCAGCGUGGCGUGGCGGCAUGCAUCGCCGACUCCAAGCUGCCUGGCGGCUGGGAGGCGACGGCACAGACCGAGCUCGCGCACUUCUUCAAGCAGCGAAUCCCUUGCCUCGUCGCCCAGCGCGAGGUGAGGGAAGUCUUUCCCGCCAACCCGGGCCAGAAGGUUGACUUUGUCUGCCCCACGGGCACCGGCGUCGCGCCGCCCUUCUUCAUCAUUGAGCUCAAGUGCCAGUCCACCUUCCAGGACAGCGUCCAUCUAAACCGUUUUGCGCAGCGCCUUCAGGCAGACCUCGACAAGGUGCAGCAGGCUGUCAGAGGCUCGUUCGAAGGUGCUGAGAAGUGGGUCAUUGGCGUCUGCUGCAAUAUGGAGAUUGCCCAGGCGACGGUGGCGUACAAUUUUCUCGUCAACAACCAACCUUACAACGGCAUGAACGUCAUCCCAGUUCAGGCUGCGCGGGGGACUGAUAUUCUCGGCCAAUUUGCUAUCAAAAUUUGUAAGGCUCGUGCGGACGGGGAGAUGGAGAGCUUCACCGAGAAGGAGAUUGUCAGAUUGGAGCUGUCUCUGGAGGUGUUGAUAGGGCGACUAGUAGACACUGUCAAGCAAACGCUGGAGGAACAUCUCGGUAUCAACCUGACCAUUGUGGAUGGGUCAGAGCUCUUCUGGAGUCGUCUUGCCGGUGUCGUGGAACCUGAAGCCAAGCCCAAGAUUAUGCGGAACUUGUGA